AUGCCCCCAGCUUCUAGCUCUAUUUUUCCCCCUUGGUUAGCGGAUGCCAUUGAAGUUAGCAUGUUGGUCCGGGGAAUUGGCUGGGACUUCGGCCGCCAUGUUCAUCUACCUCAGAGGACCAGGUCGCUAAAUCGAGGUCCAUUUCUAAUAGCCACCAUCUUUUCAUUCAUCAAGAAUUUCGUAAUCCUCGACUUAUGCGAGUCUCUUGUGAAGCGGCUACCUAAAAUUGGGGAUUCCGAAGGCAACUCCAUAUUCGUUGCUGAACUUCCUGGCUACGCACGUUACACCUUGUCUACGGCCAUUCACAUCAUGGUUGGAACUGCUAUAAUAUGCGGCUUAGAGUCAUGGAACGACAUAAUUGCGUUAGUAAAGGUCGGCUUACUGGGUCGGUCACCAACUAUAUGGUAUCCACUCUUCGACAGUCCCUGGAGAUGCACGUCCCUUUCAAGAUUUUGGGGGAAAGGAUGGCACCAACUCCUUCGGCACACGUUCCUUUCUUUAGGAGGAUAUCCCGGUUAUUGGCUAGCUGGCAAAGCUGGAAUGGUCAUUGGAACUUGUUUUGCAUCUGGCAUUUUCCAUAUCGUAGGAUUGCCAAUACUCAAUACUUGGAUUGUCGUAUUUUUCACGCUUCAAGGUGUGGGUAUUCUACUCGAGCAUGUCUGGAAGAACGUCACUGGCAGACGGGUCGGGGGCGUCAUCGGAUGGGUAUGGAUCGCACUUGUUAUAUUGGGACUGGGGCAAAGCUGCACGGAUGUGUGGGUUGUUCUCGCAGCAUCAAUAUGUACGAAAGGCGGAAAGGCGGUCAUUUCGCGACAGUUCCGUGACAUGAGCAGGUCUCGGAUCGAUUCGCUCCUAGCCUCCUUCCCAAAGUUGAUACCAACCGGGACGCAGCAUACAUCGGUGGAGACCGAAGACGUCCGCUAUGUUUAUCAGCCACUGGAGGACCUGUACAUUCUUCUCAUAACCAACAAAUCUUCAAACAUACUGCAAGAUAUCGAAACGCUGCACCUCUUUGCACGCGUAGUCUCAGAUUUAUGUAGGAGCGCAGAUCAAAGAGAGAUAGCGAAGAGCGCAUUUGAGCUCUUGGGUGCAUUUGACGAGAUUGUGAGCUUGGGGUAUAGAGAACAAGUCAACCUCAUGCAAGUCAGGAAUAUCCUGGAGAUGGAGAGUCAUGAAGAGAAGAUCCAGGAGAUCAUUGCCAGGAAUAAGGAGGCCGAGGCCAAGGAAGAACUCAAGCGUCGUGCCAAACAGCUCGAGAUGCAGCGGCGAGAACAACAACGGCGCGCUGCUGCUGGUGGUCCUUCUGGGGGUAGUUAUCUGGGUGGAGGCGUUACAGGCUACUCCCCUAUCCCGCAACGAUACGACACCACCCCGGCACCCGUACGUACCGCCUCUCCGGCUCCAUCAUCCUUGCGCGCCCCUGCAUUCAAAGGCAGUGGUAUGAAGCUGGGAAGCAAGAAGACGCGACAAGCAGAACUGCUCGAUGCACUUGGGGGAGAGGCCUUACUGUCGGAAGAUAUGUCGACUCCGGGAUCUCCAGCUGUCUCGAAUGAAAUCGAGCCUCCUGUCUCCGCGCCCAAAAAUGAGAGAGGUAGCCUGCCCCCCAUUGACCCCGAGAGUGUUCAUGUUAUUGUGCGCGAAACACUGAGCGUAGAGAUGGUCCGUGAUGGUGGACUAAACAACUUGGAGUUGAAGGGCGACAUGAACCUCCACAUUUCCGAUCCUGCAUUGGCUCGUAUCAAACUUUCCAUCGCACCGGCUGCUGUCACGUUCGGUCCAGAAUUGCAGUUUAAACAGCACCCCAACGUGGGCAAAUUUGUGGCGAAUCGUGAUCGCGUAGUUGCCUUGAAGGAUGCGUCCCGAAGUUUCCCUGUUGGCCAGGCACUAGCUGUGCUCAAAUGGCGAUAUGUCGGGAGGGACGAGACCUUUGUACCUCUUUCCAUCAAUUGUUGGCCUACCCCUUCCAAUGAUGGGACAUGUGACGUGAACAUUGAGUAUGAACUGGAAAAUGAGGGUCUUUCUCUCCACGAUGUACUAAUUUCCAUACCGCUUCCCGACGGUUCUUAUCCGACCGUUUCGUCCCACACGGGUGAAUGGGCCCUCAAUCCUUCCAGCCAUUCACUCGAUUGGUCGAUUCCAUUAGUAAAUGCUGAAGACCGCUCCGGUUCGUUGGAAUUUGCCGUUGGAGGAGACGACCCUGGCGCAUUCUUCCCUGUCAAAGUACAGUUUGUAAGCGAAGGCAGCAUCGCUGGUGUGCGCGUGUCCUCUGUCACGCGGGUCGAUAAUGGAGAAGAGACGGUUUUCUCGGAAGAUGCUAUAGUCCAAGUAGAAAAUUACGCUGUCGUCUAG